AUGAAAUAAUUACAAUUGAGGAUAGCGAUACUGACCUUGAAUCUAAUAGCAAUGAAAAUGAAAUGGCUAUAUUACGUAAUAAUAAUUUAGAAAGUGAUGAUUAUGAUUAUGAUAAAUUUUCAUCUCAAGAAAAUGAUAAAUUAUAUGGGGAUUUGUUUCUUGCUAAUAGUUUUAUUGAAAAUUUAUCUCAAGAAAGUUCUAAUCAAGCAAGUAGUUCUUAUAAAUUAAUUGAAGAUACGGACCAUGAAGUCUUAU